GCACGCGAUUUUCACUUUGUUUGUAAACACAAAAGUUUCAUGAAACUAAAUUUGUUAACAAGAUGAAAUAUGGUUUAAAGGAAACGCAGGAAAGUCCACCUGACGACGAUAAAAACGUUUUGAGUGGAAGUUCUACACCAGAAGGAAAGGUUGAAUCUGUCGUCGUUGAAGUAAAAACAACAGAAAAAGAGUCUGAAACACCCGAUGUAAAUAUUGCUAAAACUGCAGAAAAGGCGUCUGAGCCUUCCGAUGUAAAUACACUAAGUGAAGCAGAUAGUUGCAAUGAAUCUAGUGCAGUUACCGAGCCUGAAAAUAAUGGUUCUCAAUUACCCAUCAACGAACCAAUCAACACCGAACCCAUUACAGUCACGGCGCCUGAGAAACCUGAAAUUUGUGACAACUUCAUUGUGCCAACAUUGACGCCAAUUUACAAAGAAUCACCGGAGAAUUACGUUCAACAAACAAAUGUUGUGGAACAACACCAAGUCCAAUGCGAAACAUCGGCUAUGGUAUGUGACGCAGCAACACCAGACGAAUCAGUUAUGGAAGUUGUUACCAACGGCGAAGAGACAAACCAUCAUAUGGAAGUCGUUGCAUCUGUAGAUGACGAAAGUUCAGAGGUAGAAAUGGUCUCUCAUCCUCCGACACCGAACGAUGUUGAUAUGUUCGCUAUGGUCGAGGCGCAACAAGACAAUUUUGUCAAGCCGAAUGUGAAUUACAAUUUGAAGAACGCGCCAAUAGUUGAGCUAUCGAGAUGUUCAUGGGGAACGAAUACGCAGAAGUUCUUGCGCGGAUGCAUUUUCUCACCAGAUGGAACAUGCAUUUUAACCACGGUUAACAAGGACGGUAUGCACAUAUUCGAACUACCACUGUCGUUGUACGAAAACGAAAGUGUUUCCACUGAUCGUCCCGUUGAUAUUUUAACCAAUGUUGUCCAUGUGCCCGAAGGAGGAUCUGUGUACGACUACUGUUGGUAUCCGUUUAUGAAUAGCUCACUGCCCGAUACAUGUUGUUUUCUAUCGUCACGACAACACGAACCGCUCCAACUGUGGGACGCAUUUGACGGCAAAUUACGAUGUACAUACCGUGGAUACGACGCAGUCGAUGAAGUUGAAUCGGCGCUGAGUGUCUGCUUUUCGAUAGAUGGAUCGCAGGUGAUCGGUGGCUACAAGAAAACGUUGAAAAUAUUCCGAACCGACGUUCCCGGACGAGACUACACCAGCUUUCCGCUAAAGUCGCCAGCCUCAUGUAUCGCAGUAAAUGCUACCGACGGCAAUAUGAUUGCAAUCGGAUCGUGGAAUAGUUUUGUCACUUUGCACGAUGUCAGAAGUGCUAAGCUAACGAUGACCGACAAAUUAGUGAAACACACCGGCGGUGUUACUUUGAUGAAGUUCUCGUCGGACGGUAACCGUUUGAUCACCGGUGCAAGGAAAGAUAACAAAUUGAUCGGAUGGGAUCUAAGAAAUGUAACCGUGCCGCUGUUUAACUUGAGCCGAACUGUGGCCACCAAUCAACGAAUUUAUUUUGAUAUUAGCUCGUCGGAUCAAUGGCUGGUAAGCGGUGAUACGGAUGGCAUUUUACAUGUGUUCGACGUUGAAUAUGGCACCAAAAAUGGGAAAUUUCCUGAUUACCAGUAUAAACUACACCAUGACAGCUGCAACGGAGUCAGUUUGCAUCCUACGCGUCCCAUCUUUGCUACAAGUAGCGGUCAACAUCAUUUCAUUGACACUGAAGAGGGCGUUGCUUUGCGAUCAGCCGAGACGCAAGAGAAUUCGUUAAUCUUUUGGUGGUGCGGUAGCUCGGAUUGUGAAUAAUGGCCAUCAGGAAGUGUUUCAAUUUAAGUUGGUCGCGUUUCAUUAUUGUCGGCAAAAAGUCUGAAUAAAAGUGGUUAAUUUGAGUACAAGACAA